AUGUCCGAUAAUAUUAUCUCUUCACUUGAUCUUGAACUUAUGGAUUGCGUUGUCUGCGGCGAACCUUUAACUCCUCACAUUAUUCAGUGUGAGAAUGGACACAUAACUUGCAACACGUGCUCUGCCAAAUUUGGAAAAUGUCAUUCUCGCACUUUGCCUAUCGGAUCAAUGCGAUGUCAGGCAAUGGAAGUAGUGGUGGAGUCUUUAAAAGUUUUUUGCCAAAACAAAAUUUAUGGAUGCAAAGAAAGUUUUAGUUACGACGGAAAGACAAAGCACGAAAAGUAUUGUUCUUUUAUAGCGUGUUCAUGCCCGCUUUUAGAUUGCAAUGUCAAGGGCUCAUCCGAAAUGAUUUAUGGUCACUGUAAAGAGAUGCAUAAAGAUUCAUUUACACCAUUUUUUCAUCGUAAAUUUGUUGUUUCAUUCUUCUACCCAGAAUGUUCAAGACGCAACAAUUAUUACCGUUCAUUAACAGGGUUCGUUCUUGAUAGUAGUGAUCGUGAUUUUUUGCUGACGGUUUGA